UCUUCUCUACACUCUUGUCUAGUCAGCAUGAAGACUACACUGACCCUGGCACCCCUGGUGCUGGCACUGGCUCUCCAUCUCACCUCUACUCAAGCUGCCAAGGCAGGCUUCCGCAGAGAAGGUCGAUCCGUCCGCACCUGUUUACGUAUCUUCUGUGACCACAACGAGACGUGUUUUGACUGUGCUAAGAGUGCUUUCUGGGAGAACAAGGAGAGCGUCAGGGAGUGUGUCAAUGCUUUUGAGAAGGACUGUGACCGUAUGCCGUCCACAGAACUACACGUGUUGAAACAGUGUGUAGUGAAAGCCAACCCUAUGAUCUCCAAUUGCUUUGUUGGUGUUCUCAGUAUGUUGCAUCGCGUCGCAGGUCAACUCAGUCCACCGUGUGUUAGCAACCUACACCCUGGUGUUAGCAACCUACACCCUGGUGUUAGCAACCUACGCCCUGGUGUUGGCAACCUACACCCUGGUAUUAGCAACCUACACCCUGCUCUCCAGACUGGUUUUCACAACAGGAAGCCUGGUGUUAGUACCCUACAGCCUGGUAUGAGUACCUUACAGCCUGGUAUUACCUCUCUGCCACCAAGUAUUAGCAGUCUACAUCCUACUGCUAUCACCGUACAGCCUCCUAGUGUUGGGACUCACACCUCACCCACUGGAGAUUUCCUAACUACUACUUUCCCAACAACAAUCGCAGAUACCAACAGGCCACCUUGGUUUAGUCACUUCUAGAAGCACAUUACUAAAAUAUCCUCUUGAGAAAAAGGGUAAAACGUCCACUUAAAAUAAGAAAUAUAAAAAAUCUUUAAACAAACUUCAUUAUUAAGCUCUUAAGUGAUAGGUAGAAUGACUAAUUCCAUUAAGUUUUAAAUAGUAUGAUGCUGGUGAACGUUGGACGUAACUGUUACAACUUCUCUAACUAAUGUAACUUCAGGAUGCGCUAUUUUGUUGUUUUCACCGCCCCUCAAAAGCUCCAAAAAUAUUCUCUCUAGCACCAAAACAUCAGGACUGCAGCACUAAAGUACCUUCAGUACCCAUGGUCUCCAACACAUUUCCUGAAAGUCUCCUCUCUUCUACAAGCAGCUACACAACAGCACUCUCUCCACUACCACUUUAUCAAAGGGAUUUGCCACUACACACCUCUCCACUAGAGAUGUAUCGGAUAUCCGCAUCCGCAGAACAUCUGCACAAUUCCUUGCAUCUGCAUCCACAUCCAUAUUUUACUGUAAACGGAUAUCCGCAUAUGCAUCCGCAUCCGCAAAAUAAGCAAGUAAAACAUCCUCAUACACAUCUACAUCUGCGGAUAUCUAAGUUUUCACAUCCGAUACAUCUCUAAGUCUCCACCAUCCCUUCAUCAAAGGUUACACCAACAGGCACUCUCUACCAUCCUUUUAUCAAAGGAAUAUACGACCACACACUCUCCAUCACCCCAUAACAAACACAGUUAACAAACAAGCAGUAACACAGCCAACACCUUAAAGAUUAGAACGCCAUCAGGGAGCUAGUUACACAGGUGACUGAACCUCCAAAAAGCACCACUGUACGGAUUUACAGCGCACCUAAUGUCAGUUCCUGAUCAGCCGGUUUGUGGUUGAUACAUCAGUUUACAGCCUGGUUGAUGAGAUCCUGAUCCACCCUGAAGCCUGGUCUCAGACCGGGCUGCAGAGGCGUUGACCCCCGAAACCCUAUCCAGGUAUAACUUCAGGUAUACCUUGUGGAGGCUUAAAAACCAUACAUAGGGAAAACUUCCAGAAAGUUAAAAAACAGAAUCAAAGAACACAGAUGUACUUGCCAGAGGGGCGACAACACAUGCACAGUACCUGGGAACACCUGUAACCACUUGUAACCCACCGAACUAAGAUUAGCUAUUAGAGAAACAGAUCGACGUAACAGACUAUCUGAAUUACUCUUCAAUCAUCAUUACCAACACAACUUAACACAACUCAGGGUCCUUCACCAACUCUGAGGUGUUGGCAAAACUGAUCCUACUUAAAGCCGACACAACGACCACCGGAGACCUGAGUCACUCUCAGGUGACCUCAGCUCCUCGUCGCAGAGCAUCAUGCUACAUCUCACGGACCUCUCCUCAACCACCCUAUAACCUCUUGUUGUACUAGUUUCUAUUGUUCAAAGUCCCUGGUGGACGAAACUUCUAAUAAAAUAUUAUAACCUGCCCUACGUAGUGUCAUUAUCCUUAUACUGUCAGUAUGUUGUGCCAGUCUUACACUACACUUCUUCCUCCUCCACCUGCUCUACCCUAACAAGUGUACUACAUACCUUCCACCGCCCCUCCA